AUGCUGACCAGGCUCUCAUCGUUGUUACUAUCGAUCGCUAUUCUGCCUCUGGUGGACGCAGUCGACCCUCUUGUCAAUCUCGGCUAUAGCCAAUAUCGCGGUGUCACUCGAGAAACAGGCGUGACCGAAUGGCUUGGGAUCCGCUAUGCCGCCCCUCCCUUGGGAGAACUCCGCUGGAGGGCCCCGACAGCUCCUAUACAGAACAAUACGUUUAUUGAUGCUGAUACUCAUGGUCCCAUCUGUCUCCCCACACCGGGCACGAACAACACUGGCGCUUCCGAGGACUGCCUGUAUCUCGAAGUCUGGGCACCGAGCACAACAACGACCGAAUCCAAGCUUCCCGUCUACCUAUUCAUCCAGGGCGGUGGUUUUAACGUCCUUUCCAGUGCCAACUACAAUGCGACGGGCUUGAUCCAGGCAUCGGAGACGAAUAUAGUUGUUGUCAGUUUCAACUAUCGUGUUGGGUUGUAUGCGUUCUUGGCAAGCCAGGAGAUCGUUGACAAUGGAAGUACGAACGUAGGCUUGCUCGACCAGAGGAUGGUGAUGGAGUGGGUUCAACAAUAUAUCUGUCUCUUUGGGGGUGAUCCAUCUCACGUCGUACUGGGUGGGGACAGCGCUGGAUCGGCCUCGAUCCUUCUGCACAUGAUGGCAUAUGGAGGGCGCGAUGACGGGCUCUUUCAAGCUGGAAUAGCCGAAUCCGCCACGUUCGGGAACAUGCUCAACGUCUCCCAAUCGCAGUACCAAUACGACACGGUCAUUGAGCGCGUUGGAUGCGGGUACGACAAGGUGCAGGACACGCUUGGAUGUUUGAGAGGACUGAACGCGUCGUUCCUGCAAGAGAACAACAUUAAUAUCCCGUAUUCAAACAUCGGAGCUGGAGCAAACGCACCGAUAUAUAUGUAUCAGCCGACUCUCGAUGGGGACUUCAUAACCGAUUAUACAUAUAAGCUUCUCCAACAGGAAAACUUUGUCAAGAUCCCCAUCAUAUUCGGCGACGACACGAAUGGCGGCACAGUUUUCACGCCGCACAAUACAUCCACCUAUGCGGAGAUGGACGAGUUCAUGCUCGAGCAGUGGAACGCCUUGACUCCCAGCCAGCUGGAGACGAUGAACUCGCUCUAUCCUCCUGCGGAUAUUUAUCCCGACUCGGGCGGGCUGUGGAGAACAAUAGCAAACGCGAAUGGUGAGAUGAGGAUCAUGUGUGGUAGUAUGGCAGUGGGGAGUGCCUUGAGCGUGUAUGGGGACGCUGGAUCUUGGGUAUACAGGUACAACGUGAUGGACCCGAUUCAGAUGUCGCAGGGUUUAGGCGUACCGCAUACCAUCGAGCUGGUUGCCAUCUGGGGACCGGAGAACCUAAUCUGGGGUCCGUACGGAGUCGUUGCCGGGACGCCGCCCGCAUCCUACUUCCCAGGUGGGGUAAAUGCGGCCGCCGUGCCGAUGAUGCAAGCGUACUGGACGAGCUUCAUAAGAAGCUAUGAUCCGAACACUUACCGACUGCCCGGAACGCCGGAGUGGGGUCAAUGGACAGUCUGGGGGAAGCAGAGGAUCGUCUUGCAGACAAAUGCGACUGUGACGGAGGUGGUGGACUAUGGACAGCAUUCGAGGUGCGCGUGGCUGGAGGCGAUCGGAUUAUUGACACAGCAGUAA